AUGCGUCUAAAUACUGAGGAUAUCCACAAUAUAGCUGUGGAAGUGGCUAAGGUAAUGAAGAAUGCACAAACCGGUAAUGUUAACCAAUCUGGAGAACAACAUGAAGAAAGCUCAGCAGCCUCCACGCCAGUACAAAGGGAAGGAAUGGGCGAAAGGAAAAACACUAUUGCAACCAUGCCACUAGAAGGAAAAGGUGAAUAUUCCAAAUCAAAGGAAUCUACUUAUAAGCACUUCAUGUCCUGUAAACCUCAGUCCUUUGACGGAAGAAAGGGAGCACUAGAAGCUCAAGACUGGCUCAACAGAAUGGAGUCAGUAUUAGACAUAUGUGAGUGUGAUGACCGUAACAAAGUACGGUUUGCCGUACAUAUGUUUGAAGCUGAAGCCCUUCACUGGUGGAACAUAGUGGUCCGAACAGAGGGAAAAGAAAAGGUUAAAGAGAUGAAGUGGGAGGAGUUUAUUCAUAAGUUUCUUGCUAAGUAUUGUCCUCCCAGUGAGAUUGAGCAACUGGAAGUGGAAUUCUUUCAGUUAAAAAUGGGAAAUAAAACCUAUCGAGAGUAUGUUUCUCAUUUCAACGACAUAUCUCGACUGGUUUCUUAUUUAGCAUUAACUGAGGAACAACUAAUCAAUAGGUUUAUUUGGGGUCUACCCUCUGAAAUGAGGGUGUUUAUCAAAUCCAAAUCCCUCAAGACUUUUGCAGAAACUGUUGAGGCUGGUGCCGUCAUGGCUGCCGAGAUGAUUCUGCGGCAGGCUGAAUCUCCCGCACCAAAAAGGAAGUGGGUAGAAAGAAAGGGGGACACCUGA